AUGCGCGAUGCCGUGGUGUCCUUCUUCCAGCGGAGCUGGAAGGCCACCAAGGAAGAGCUGCAGAACACCGUCGACAACAUCCGCAGCACCGAGCUCAACAUCGCUUUCCUCUUCGCUGUAUUCUGCGUUUUGCUUGUGAUUGUGGGCAAUGUGAUUCUGCUGAUCGCCAUCAACUUCUGGAUCGUGCAGUUCCCCACCGAUGCCCUGGCGCACAACUCCAGCCAGAUCGCGAUCCAGGUGGUCACCAUGCUCCUGCUUACCUUUCUAUUCUCUGUGAUGUGUGCCGUCUUCACCGCCGUCUACGGCGCGCUGCCGCUGUGGCACGUGCUGGCGGAUCGCAACCGCGUCGGCGGGCCGUGGUACCGCCUCUUCCUGCUCUUCGCCUCUGGUGCGUCGAACGGUAUCAGCAGCGUUCUGGCCGUGUACGCCAUGACGCACACCCCCGAGUUCAUCCAGGCAGUGCUGCUGUGCUGCAUCCCGUUCAGCGCGCAGGCGUGGACUGUGAUCUUCAUCCCUAUUGAGCGCAAGCGCGACUACCUCUCCAUGUUCUUCGUCGCGUCCUUCCUGCUGUUCGUGGCGGGCGUGCUACUGUCCAGUCUGUCGGCGUUCCUGCACACCAACGAGCAGGGCGAGAAGGCGUCGUUGGCGUGGGCGCUUCUCUACCUGGCGAGCUCCGUCCUCUUUGGACUGUGGUGCGUGGUGCAGCGGCUGUACCUGGAUGCCGUCGCGCUGAAGGUGCCGCUGGAGGCGGCGGGCGCAGCAAGUUGCGCGCAGUUGAAACAGAGCAGCCGCAGCCCGCAGCGUGAGGAGCUGGGCGCCAGCGUGGCACCGGCCAUGGACGCGGUGCCCGAGUGCACGCAGGAGGUGGGUGACACCUGCGCCGAAGAGGGCCAGCGCUUGUUCGACGUGGAGGACGACGGUGACGAGCUGCCGCUGUCGCCGUCCGCGGAGCUGCUGAUGAAGCGGCAGUGGGGCAGCCAGAACGUCGACGACAACGCCGCCAAGAUAGUGCUUCUCGUCGUGGGUAUGCUGUUCCAGCUGCUCGUCUCCUUCGUGGUGUUCCCGGUGGACGCGAUUCCGUGGUUUGGCACCUCCGACUCGGUGCAGCACGCCUGGGAGGGCCUCCGCAGCUCCAUGGAUUUCAUCUUCGCCUCUUGGCUUCAUGUGCGCCAUGGGCUCCUUCUCACCCUCGGCUUCGCGAUGAGCUUCAUCGGGUGCACGUACCUGAACGAGCACAGCCCGACGCUGGCAUCAGUGGUGUUACAGCUCGCCGGCCCAAUCACGUCGCUGACCAUCAUCAUCAUCCCGCAGUGGAACGUGUACCAGGACAGCAGCAGCGUGGGCCACAAGGUCGGCGGCGUGAUUCUUCUCCUUGUGGCGGCGCUGCUGUACCACCUGUGGGAGCAGCAGUCUCUGCGCGUGCUGCUGGCGAAGGCGGAGGAGGCGAAGCGCCGGGGCGAGCGCGCCGCGGCUAGCGGCGACAGGGCGGCGGAGCAGCGCGUGAUCGACGCGGAUAACUGCGUCACGGAUGAGCCCGUCGCGGACAACCGUGCGUGA